UCACCUCACUGUACCGAUUGAAAACGUGCAGGCUGAAGAAAAAUCAUCUUUUAACCUCUCUGAAAGUUUUAUUUUACUGCUAGAACCUUUCUCGAGGUCAUUUUGCUAUCGCUUUAUGUUAAUAUCUUUAUUUUCUGAUACUAUCUCAUGUCAAAAAGUGAGAAACUGAUAAAGACAGCAGCUGGGAAAGAUGGUUGACUGGCUGACUGUAGUGAUCCUUCACUGACUAACUGAAUGGAUACAUGUCUCAUUUGUGUGCCUGUGUAGACAAGGCCAAUAUAGCUGUUGCACCAGCCACUCCAGAGCCUCAAGAUAGUGCUGAGCAACAGUUGAAUAUGUCCAGUGACCACUUGGGCAGUGGCAUACUUGUACCAUUCUUAGAUUGCAAGCCAGACCCACAUGACUACAGAAUCACAACUACUAUUGGUCAUGGUUUUGAUGGUUUAGCCAAGAUUUCUGUUUCAUUACACAAACCAUCAUCAACAUUCAUCGUUGUCAAACAAACAGAUGUUGAUUUUCAAAGUUCACAACAGCUAGAAGACUUAAAGCAUGAGGUGCAAGUGCUAAGAUCCCUAAAUCAUCCCAACAUCCUACCACUCUUUAGUGCUUUUAUCGAUAGACAAGAGCUGUGGACAGUUUUUCCUCUGAUGUCAUACGGUUCUUGUUCUGAUAUCCUGAGUGGAAGCUUCCCUGAAGGAAUGCCAGAAGUCCUUAUCUCUUGUAUUCUGAGAGAAGUUUUCCAAGGCUUAGAUUAUCUACAAAGAAUGCAUAUUAUUCACAGAGGAAUCAAAGGGGGUCAUGUAUUGAUAGGUUCAGAUGGCACUGUGUGUUUGUCAGGAUUCAGAAACUCUGUCAAGCUAGAUCCGUACACCAAUACCUCAGGUGUAGCAUUUGAUGUCCCACUACAUGCUAUUGAUGUUCUACCAUGGAUGGCUCCUGAAAUACUACAACAGGAUUUACAAGGCUACACCUAUACAGCUGAUGUUUACAGUGUUGGUAUUCUUGCUAUUGAGUUAGGACAGGGUACUGCUCCUUAUACUGGACAACCUCCCACUAAGGUCCUCCUAGAAAAGCUACAGAACCCUUCACCAAGGCUGUGUAACACAAGACUCGAUGGAUCCGACGGAUCAACAAUAUCCACGACUACAGACUCUACUACGAUGGUCUCUACUUCAGACAGUAAGGAAGCUACCACGAGCAAAAGCCCGAAAAAAUUCUCUUCAACGUUCCAUCAGAUUGUAGAUAUUUGUGUACAAAAGAACCCAAGUUCAAGGCCACAAGCCCAGGCUCUCUUAGGCCAAUCCUUUUUCAAACAGAUUAAAAAGAAGACCCGAGAAGUUAUCCCUGAAUACUUAUCUAGUGUACCACUAAUAACACAUCGCCAAGGAAACAAUUCAUCCGACGAACAAGACCUAGAAUCCUUAUCUGCUGCUAACUCAAUUGCAGCUUUGUCUCUUGAUGAAUGGGUCUUUUAGCUUAGCUCAGUUAGUUAUAGUGCCCUUGUAUAUAAACACUGGGUCUACGGUAGCACUGUAACAUCUCCAAGAAGUCGUGCAUGUUUGCGCAUACGGACCAAAAAAUCCCUCGACAUAUUUUGACCGAAAUUUGUCUAAAACUGAGAUCCAGGGCAAAUGCUUAGGAUCCCAUUUUGGCCGUAAGUGGGUGGGAUCCUGGACCCAGAAUGAAAACUCCUAGCGCAAUGCGACCCCGCGUCUACUCCUACUAAGUCCAGUUGUCGGCUUAUAUCUCUUGGCUCUUAGAAAGACUUGUAUGUAUAGAUACUAGUUCCAAUGUAGCACUUCACGCCAUUCAGUGUUUGUAAGUCACUGUCAUUCGAGGUCUUGCAGAUCUGUCAGGUCGCGGAAACCCUUCCACGACAAAAUAUAUAUAAAUAUGAUAGCGUUUCACGCCACAUUCAUUUUCGAAGUCUUAAAAAAUAAUUUAGGAAGCAUAUCAGAAAAUGCAAAGUAGCCCAAUGUUAACGUGGGCAUAAUUUACUCGUACUGUGAGUGAAAAUAUUUCUUGGGUUGCCACUUGAAUGUUAGCCUCCUCGGCAACGGUUUUUCGUUUUGUACGCCAGCGUCCCUCCCCACAAACUUUUGUUGGUAGGGAAGCUGGUGUUGACUUUCGAGAUGAUUGACUUUCUUUAGAUAGGCAAGUAAACCGGGAUGAAUCUUACUGAAGUAAUCAUAGGUAUUAUACUGCUUGACUAUGCAUGUUUACCCUUAGUAUCAGGCUUUCUUUUUACAGCGUGAAAGGUCUUGUGAUUCCGCAUACGAAGCGGACAAAAAGAGUUUGAUACUGCAUGGGGUAAUAUAUCAUUCCUGGGGUACAUUAUAGGCGUGUCGCUAGUGGUCAUUAGUAAUUCCUCUUGCAGAAACUUCGCCUUUUCCUAGCUGGCCGCGGUUCUUUAGAAGUUGUAUAUAUGUAUAUUCGUUAUGAUUAUGAAAAGCGUGUUAAUGACAUAAAUUAUUAACAAGAUUUUAAGAUA